ACAUAUUUUCUAAACACAAACGAAGCAAUCCCACAAUUAUUGAUUUUUCCCCUUAUUGAUUAUUGUUUAUUCAGCUAUGUCUGGCUAAGUCUAUCAGCCCAACAUGUGCAUGGCAUAAUUUAUUUGAGGCAUAAUUUCUGCAUAGGCCUCCACCUCUUCACACCUCAUAACCAUCUAAUGCCAAUGACGUCAUUGUCGACAUGUUCUGUUAAAACUAAUGACAAUUAUGAUAAUAACUUCGGUUACAGAUCGCAGGGCUAUUUCUUCACGUCAUUGCAAGAAAAACAAGUUACGCAUCAUACUAAUAAAAAUGUGAUAAAGAAACGUGCACGAGUGUUAAUAAGACUGUUGCACACAGAGUUGAGACCACAUUAAAGAAGGAUUUUUUUGUGGACAAGCAGAAACGACGAUGAAUCAUGAUAUACAUUCUUUUGUUAUGGGCCUCGAGCUGGACCAAGAGGGAGCGUUCUUUCCUUAGCAAUGGAAGAUCCUUCGGUACAACUGUGCAUCGCUGUUUCACGAACGGCUAUAGGAAACGCAAGCGUUGCAGUCAUAUCGCUACCAACAAAAUGACUACUCCCAACCAGCGCGGCUCUGUUCAACUGCUGAGAGGGUGUUGCUUCUCGAAGCGGAUCGGUGAAUACGGCGCGAAAUCGACACAUUCGACGAUACGGUGAACGCCAGUGAUUGUGAAGGUAAUAUCUGUGACUCAUUUUGCUAUAGUCGACAAGCACUUGCCACCAUGAUGGAGGUACUGUCGCACCUAGGAGCUGCUGUUGGCGAUAUGCUAGGCUGGAUUGGAGAAUACGAGAGAGGAAUCCUGGGAUCGAUUGCCGUUCUGAUGGUGCUCCUCGGGACAUACACCACUCUUGAAAAUAAAACACCCGAGUCCCCUAGGUACCUAUCCUCCGGAGUUCGGUCCACAAAUUCACCUCUGAUGAGCAACAAGCUAGCCUCCCUGCUCACCUAUCCCAGUGCGUUUAUCAUUCCAUGUUUCUGCAUGUAUGUUAGCAGGAACGCCACACACAUAAACAUGAUCCUUGCGACACUCAUGGUUAUCCAUUAUUUACAGAGGACGUUUAUCUUUGGAUUACUGUUAAAUGGGACCAGCAAAAUCCCGGUGCAUGUAUUUCGAAUGUCGGCUACCUUUUGUGCACUGAAUGGCUAUAUGAUUGGCCGUUACCAGACCGAGUACGCAGUGUAUGACGCUGACUGGUUAACAGACCCACGAUUUGUUAUCGGUGUGGCUCUCUUCUUCAUUGGAAUGGCCAUCAACAUCCACUCCGAUCAUAUCUUGAGGAAUCUUAGGAAACCUGGAGAGACUGGCUACAAAAUACCCAGAGGGGGGCUGUUUGAAUAUGUGUCUGGAGCGAAUUACUUUGGUGAGAUCGUAGAGUGGACGGGCUUCGCCCUUGCAUGCUGGACUCUGCAUACCGCGGCAUUUGCCUUUUUUACUGCCGGUUACAUUGGUGUGAUCAAGGCGUUUGCACAUCAUCGAUGGUACCUGGCAAAAUUCGAGGAUUACCCUAAAAGCAGAAAGGCAGUUAUUCCUUUUCUCAUUUGAUGGUAGUGGCAUGACUUUUUUUACUGUGUGCUGAAGGACAAAGGAGCAGACAACUUGGAACAUCAUCACCUUUAAACACACAUCAAUCAUUGUGUUAAUUCCGUCUAAUGUUCUAUGCAGUGUCUUAAAAAGAAUCCCAUGAAUUUCGUUUAAAGAGAUAGUUUGGGGGGAAAAAUCCCUCUGUGUUUUAAAAUAAAUUUUAGGUGUUCGCCUUAAUUAAAAGAACCAAAAAUAAAGAUGUGCGGCUUUCCAAGCCCUUCUGAUUUUAUUUAAAGAUCACUCAUGCAAAUUAGUAAGUUGAAAAUAUCUUUAUGUAAAUACAUUGGUGACUGUAAUAAAAAAAACCCAGGUUUUAAGAGUAGACUGUGGCCCCACACAUUUUUUUAUUUCCCUUUGAUAUAACUAUAAUUUUUAAUUGUAUCCAUAUGAAUCGCAGGGUUUUAUCACACACCGUAAGGUAGGAUUAAAAACCUGAUUCAAGAUUUUUGGGGUUAUCUAAAGAUAGUAAAUCAGCAUCCUGAAGCCAUAGUUUGGCAGGGGCACUGCAGGAGGCUUCCAGAGAAAGUCAGCAAGGCUGAGCUUACUGAGUUCACUCAAGAUCCCACCACCGGAUCACUGUCUAACGUUGGUAAUGCUGUUCGUCUACAGUUACGUCUACAUAUUUAACUUGUACUCAACAUUAUUAAUGUUCACCACAAAACAAUGCUUUCAUUACAAAUCAAGUAAUACUUCAAUUAAUUACAAAUCAGCAUAACCCCAUCAUUUAACCCGAUUAAAAUUAUUCUCAGGAUUGUCAGUAUUAAGAUUUGUGUUAUUUACAACUGUAACAUCCAGCAUCAUCACUGGAUCAACAUCUCCGCCAUAAUGUAACGAACAUGAAUAAAUAAAUAAUAAAUCAAGGUUUUGUUUUAAUCAGCAGAGACUAGUGAUCAGAAAGCCUUUUCUAUUUGAGGCCGUAAGAUACAAAGACGUAAAUGAAACUUCGUCCUUCAACUUUGAGGACGAGUCGAUCAAAUUUCAUGAUGAUCAAUGCUAUGGUGCGAUUUCUCUCCAACUUGUCCAGUACGAUACACAAUUAUGAAUGUGACAAACAAUAUGUUAGUGACAAGUUUUAAUUUCUCCUGCGACAUGAAAGCUGUGCGGUCGUUUGGUUAAGAUCAAGCCUGUCUGAGAUUCCUCAAAACAGACGCAAGGUUUUGAAUUCGACAGCUGUGCCAAUACAUGUGCCCUUGUUGAAACGGCAAUCACUCUGGAACGCUCUCACCCGCCACUUAGCUAGAAGAAUGUGUCGCAGUCAACCCGUAGUACCACCAUUACAUUGUACGUGUACUUCCAAGGGAUACAUGCAAACUGACUCUUUGAUGGAUAGUGAAGACACGAUUUUGAGUAAUGUUGAGGAUUUUUGUGCUCGCCUUAUGACUUCGUACCGUUUGUUUUCUCAUAAUUAGGCUCAAAGUCCUA